AUGACCAGCGGCCCUGGAGGAGGAGGAGGAGGAGGGAGCGGGCAGCCGGCGCACCAUCAGCAGCAGCAACAUACCAACACCAGCAACAACAACAGUAGCAGCAGCAACAUCAACAGCAACAACGGUGCAACAGCAACAGUGAGCAACAGCAGCAACAACAGUAGGAGCAACACACCGUCAUCCGUUGGAACGGGAGCCACAUCCACGCUCCAGCGUCGCAUCCUGCGCGGCCAUGCAGCGCAGACCACUAGCGGCGAGCGUGUCCUGCUCAUCAACUACGUACCGCAGACGGGAACUGGAUCGGGGGCAACUACCGCCACCACAUCCACGUCCACCCAGAGCGGCACGUCCCAAAUGCCCACCCGUAAGAUACUCCAGGCCAGAGCCUCGGCAGCAGCAGCAGCAGCCGCAGCGGCAGCAGGGGGAGACGCCUCGCCACCCCCGGCCACACCGCCGGCCGUCUCGUUUGCUGGCCUCGGCUCCGAGGUGACCGUCACCCUGACACGCACCAAUCAGCGUGCCAGCGUGACGAGUGUCACAGCCGCCGGUCAUAUUGUAAGGAAUCAGCAAGCCACAUAUUCAGCCAACACAGCAUCGUCGUCGACCAGCUCGACGGCGAUCCAUGAGCACAUAGCGACGCCAACAACGCCACCGCCUCUGGUGUUCACCCAUCAUCCGCACCACCAUCAGCAGCAAUCGCAGCAACAGCACGAGUACCAUCAGGAUCACCAGCUGCUGGAUCAGGAGCACAUCAUCAUCGAUCACCAUCAGCAGUCGGAGGAUGAUCAGUUGAUAGAGUACGAUGAUAGCGGUGGAAUGGAGGAGCAGCAUCAUCAAUUGCAACUGCAGGAGGAACUGCACGAUCCACAGCAGCAGGAUCAUCAUGACGUUGUCCAAGAGGUUUAUCUCCAGUAAGCGAGAUCUAGGAUAGGCUUUUAGUGAAAUAAGUUUUUAGCCAUUUCAUAAAUAAUUGAAAGGGGGGUUACCAAUAGAAAUCUUUGAAGCCUUGACUUGGCUUUUAAAAUUUUCAUUCGAAUUUCAUUCAAAAACUAUAUAAGUAUUCUAAUUCCAUAUUUUCGGGACCCAUCACUUCAGAUCAUGUAGAUAAAAAUACGCAUAUUUAAUCCGAAAAGUAAAACUAAACUAGGUCUCUAAGGAUGAUAUUGUUUAGCCAUGUAUAUACAUUUUGGACAAGCUCUAAAGAUUAAAACAUUGAAGAUAAAAUUCAAUAAACUAGUUAAUAACAUAUACAGAUUAUUUUUGUACUAUACAAGAUAUCCUUAAAAUGUGAACUGCACUCUUAUAGCUAACCAUUGAAGAUCCAAAAGUUAUGGCCAGUGGCAGAUCAAGUGGAAUAUCAUCCCGAAAUCGUAAUCAAAUGUAAAAUAUAUCGACUUCAAUUUAGAGAAACGAAAUUUCGCACAUAAUGCAUAAAUAUUAAUGUAUUUAAGAAUUACAUUCUGAUUGUUUAAAAACUGUUGAUGCGAAAAGGCCCCAGGAAUUCAAAUGGGGAAUGCCCUAUAUCUCGUCUAUAGGAAAACCAUACACAUGUAACCCAGGGUUUGGGGCCAAGGCAAUAAAGCAAGCCGGUUUGUGU